CGAAAAUUAACGGACUUUUCAUGAAAGUUUUGUUUACGUUGGAUUGCAACAUUUGCUCUACGCUUUGUAUCGGAUUUCUUCAUAUAAUUAAGCACGCGCAAGAUGGAGAGGAGAUCGAGGGCAAGGUCCCAAAAAUCGGCACUUACUUCAGUAAAUUCCAACGACCAAUCUCUCACGAUAGUGGAAGAAACCAAGUUACCGGUAGCGCACAGAAAGAACAAACCUUCGAUCAGACCACCUCCAGGAAAGGUUGCUGAAAAUGAUGCUACCGUGGAGAAAGUUCCGUUUAAGCCUGGGAAGUGGCGUAAAUCGAUGUCGUUACUAAGAUCCUCUAUAUGUCGCCGAGAUGGGUCCUGUUCAAUCGCUGGAGAACGUCGAAUAACGAUGUACAUGAACAAUUACCAAGCGUCACAAUCGAUGGCCGAAACGGCAUCGAGCGAUGAGCUCCGUUCUUCGGAAGCGCACGAUGUUUCGGUUCACCAGUUCGUUGCACCACUCACAUGGAGAAUGGUGGCCGAUCGUCGCUACCUGGUCCCGCAGAGUCCCAAGAAUGAAAUCCUAGCACGCUGUGGACAACAGGAACCAAUCAGUUUCGAACAAGCGCUUGCCAAUUUGGAUGCGAUUGUGGAGCGUAAGAUCGGCGAGGGGGUGUACGGGGAGGUGUAUCUCUGCACUAAACCCAGUGGUGUACAGUCGGUGCUCAAGCUGAUUCCCAUCGAGGGUGGCCUAAUGAUCAACGGGGAAAAGCAGAAGACGUACGACGAAAUUCUAUCGGAAGUAAUCAUUUCUGCAGAGCUGAGCAGCUUGAGGCAACACAAUGUGCAAUUUAGCACCGAUGGGUUUGUCGAGCUGCGAAGCGUUAGUUGUUUGGUUGGCAAGUAUCCGGAACGGCUCGUUAAACUGUGGGAGGAAUACGACGAAAAGCAUGGUUCGGAAAACGAUUGCCCGUCGGAAUUUCCGGACGAGCAGCUUUACAUUGCCUUCGAAACAGCAUUUGGAGGCAGCGAUCUGGAUGGAUUUCGCUUCAGGAACGCACAGCAAGCCUUCGCGAUAUAUGCACAGAUUGUGUUAAUGCUAGCCGUGGCGGAAAAACGAUACGAUUUCGAGCACCGAGAUCUGCAUACGGGCAACGUCUUGAUCGAGCCCACCAAGGAACUGGAGCGGACGUACUAUCUCUUGGGGGAAGAAAUUAUAAUCCAAACCCACGGGCUUAAAGCAACCAUCAUCGAUUACACGCUGUCCCGCAUUGUGCACGGUGGACUGUGCCUGUUCAACGACCUGUCCACCGAUGAGGAGCUGUUCACCGCGGAAGGCGACUACCAGUUCGACAUCUAUCGAAACAUGAAAUCCGCCCUACAGAACCAGUGGAACUUACAUGCGCCGAAAACGAAUGUCUAUUGGUUGCACUACUUGCUAGACAAACUAACAUCCUUGCGGAACUUCCGGGAUCGGACUAGCAAGGCGCAUAAAGCUGCAAUGAAAACGAUGAAGGAACUAAGCCAAGUACUUCUGCGGUUUAACAGUGUGCAUGAAAUCGUGUGCCACUAUUUUGUGCGCCGACUGGACGAAAGUAAUAAGGAAAACUAGGUAUCGUUCUCGUUUUACACGCUGGCUCCGUAAUUAUUUUCAAAAGAGCGAAUAAAGCCACUGAAUCAUUCAAACAAACA